CAGAGUAGUAUAGUAAUUAGUAAUACGAACUUUAGUUUGCUAGUAAAUAAAAGUUAUAAUGUUUUUAAUUUUUAUUGGUGUUUUUCUGGUUUUAAUAUGCAUUUUUAUAUUAAUUUUGCAUUUUUCUCUAGAGAAAAAAAUAAAAUACAAGGAUUUAAAUCAAAAACAUGUUGUGGUUACCGGCGGGUCUAGUGGAAUUGGUAAAGCGGUUGCUAUAGAGGCCGCAAAAUUAGGAGCCAAUGUUACAAUUAUCGGUCGAGAUGUUAACAAACUCACCACAGUGGUAAAUGAAAUAUCAAAUGAUCAUGUUAUUCGCAAAGACCAAAAAAUACAAUACGCGUCAUUAGACGUUACAUCUGAUUAUGAUUCGAUAAAAAAAUGCCUUUCCGAAUUAGAAGAAAAAAUUAGCCCCAUAUUUAUGCUGAUCAAUUGUGCUGGAAUGUGCAUUUGUGGGCAGUUUGAGAAAAUGAAAGUGGAAGAUAUAAAACACAUGAUCGAUCUCAAUUAUUUUGGGACAGCUUACCCAACCAGAUAUGUAUUAGAAGGAAUGAAAGAACGAAAUGAAGGGUUAAUAGUUUUCGUUUCUACUGAAGCAGCACUUUUGGGUAUUUAUGGGUAUAGCGCAUAUGGUGCAGCUAAGUGGGCAGUAAGAGGUCUGGCGGAAUCAGUAUUCAUGGAAUUAGUUGGAACAAAUGUUCGACUUACACUAGCUUUUCCACCUGACACUGACACACCAGGCUUCAAAUGUGAAGAACUUACCAAACCUAAGGAGACAAAACUAAUAUCUGGUUCAGGGGGUCUCCACAGUCCUUCAAAAGUCGGCAAGAAAAUGAUAAAAGAUGCUUUGAAUGGAAAAUCAUACUCAGUUUUUGGAUUCAGCGGUCAUAUACUUUCUUUAUUAUACUGUGGCACUAUAGACAGUGUGAACCAAGUAUUGCUUCAAAUAUUAAGUAUGGGAUUUUUAAGAGCUAUUUUUGUAGUAGUAAUAUUGUCCUUUCAUAAAAUUGUUAAAGAUGGUAUGAAAGAAAAGUUAAAUGAACAAAAUCGAAAAGUGAAAUAAUGAAGACUAUUGCUUAUUGCACUAUAUUAAUGCAUUUAAUUAUUUAUAUUUUACGACUGAAUUUUUAUAUGGAGAGCUUAAAGAAAAUAUUUUAUGACUAUUCAUUUCAAGUAAAGUAAUUGUUGUAUUUCAUUAUCAGUUUAGUUUAAGUUUUUUUCUACUGGACUGUGUGAAAAAUCGAUAAAUAGGUUCGUCAUCUAGUCAGUCUAUAGUUAAAAAAACUUUCCAUGGCAUCAAUAAAUGAUUUAGCUAUGUGUAUUGUUGUAAAAAGUGCAUAAGGUGUUUUUUUUUUCAUGUGUAGGUGUGAUUUAAUAAAGGUCUAAAAAGGUUAA